AUGAUUGUCCGACACUCUGAAGAUGUUACCAUAACAACCCUUCCCAACUCCGAUUUGAAAGGAAAACUUCUAGUAGCUAGGGAUGACAUCAUGGGUCACAUAGCGUAUGACGUAUCCGUAGAAACUGGUGAUGUUUUAAAACUGCGAUCAUCCGACAGCGGAGGUUUAGACCACAUGUACUACUGCAUAUCCGGUUCCGGUAUUGUUAAGGCGUCAAAUGGUAAAACAUACAUAUUGCAGCCCGAUACAUUUAUUGCUUUCUCUUCCGGCAUUGAAGCCGAGCUUUCUGUGGAGUCACGACUCCGACUCUACGUUAUUUACAGCGAAGACAUCAACCCGUCGAGCGAACGCGCAGUUGCAAACUCACUUAAAGAAAUAAUUGGUACAGAGAAAGACGUCGACUGGAAAAGAGGUCAUAGUAGGCGUUUCUUGGUGAAAGCGGAUGGAUUUGCCGUUAGUUUCAACAACACCCUGUGUUCUGCUGGAAAUUCUACCAAACUAGGUUAUAUGAACCACGAAGAGUCAGCUUACUACAUUAAAGGCAGUACUACGUAUUCUUGGGAUGAGGGGGCUUCUAUUGUGAAAACUCGAAUCGGGCCAGACUCAGGUACCAUCUACAACAUGGACAAACACGACAAGCACGUACUGACCGCGCACGAAGAUAGCAUCGUGUUGUGUGUGUUCUACCCUGCUUUGCGAGGCGACGAAAAUCACAACCACGACGGCGAGUAUUCUGGCUUCGAUGCAUAA